AUGCUGUCCCGUGUCUUCCGCUCCGCUGUGCGCUCGCCGGCGCUCGCCCGCCGCAGCUUCGCGACCAAGUUCACGCCCGAGCACGAGUACCUCAUCAUCAACGGCAACGAGGCCACGACCGCGCUCGGCGACAUUGUGUACGUCGACCUCCCGAGCGUCGGCCAGAAGUUCGCCAAGGGCGAGUCGUUCGGCUCGGUCGAGUCGGUCAAGGCCGCCAGCGACGUCUACGCGCCGGCGUCGGGCGAAGUCAUCGAGGUCAACGAGGUCCUUGCCUCGUCGCCCGAGCUCGUCAACGAGAGCCCGCUCGAGAACGGCUGGUUCAUGAAGAUCAAGCUCACGAACCCUGCCGAGACGAGCGAACUUCUCGACGAAGCGGCGUACCAGAAGCACUGCGAUGAAGCCGACCAUUAA